CGGCCUCUGUACCGUGCGUCAUGAAUCGAAACCAAAAAUGUCUCAAAAGGGAAAACAAAAGAGACAGUUUGGCAUUUAUGACAGAGUGUGAAUCAUAAACCACUGCUGCUUAUAUUCGAAUGAGGCUUGUUGACAUAAAUAACUGGGUGCCACUGCCAGCGACUGUAAUAGACAUUCAUUAUUUUGAGUAUUAAAGGCCAUGUACUGACAAUAUAGAAGACUUAAAAAGGAACCAACGCGACUGUGCUCUGUGUUUUUGUCUUUUUCAAGAAAAGACUGACUGUAUCUUAUGUUUUUGCUGUUUCAUCUAAUGACGAAGAGCAUAAUUGGUCCGAGGACCUUUUGGUUUCAUAAAUGAAAUGGCGGGAGGUUCAAGUGGGUUCCUAAUAUGAAGUAAUUUUAAUCUAAAGGCAGCCGAAGGGAUAGUGUGUGACAAGGUGAUUUGGAGGCUGACAGCGGGAUGGCCCACUUUGAUACAGAGUACCAGCGCCUGGAGGCGUCCUACAGCGACUCCCCUCCCGGAGAAGAGAAUCUGCUGGUACAUGUUCCAGAGGGAUCCAAAUCUCCAUGGCACCACAUUGAAAAUCUGGACCUUUUCUUCCAGAGAGUCUAUAGUCUACACCAGAAGAAUGGAUUCACGUGUAUGCUGCUGGGAGAAAUAUUUGAGCUUGUGCAACUGGUGUUUGUGGUGGCAUUCACAGUGUUCCUGGCUAAUUGUGUGGACUAUGACAUCCUCUUUGCCAACAAGUUUGUUAAUCACACUGAUUCCUCAAAGGUUACUCUCCCUGAUGCAUUUCUUCCAGUGGAUGUGUGCAGUGCUAGGAUCCGUGACAAUGUUUUUGUCAUCUUCAUCCUUAUCAUAUCAGGGGUCUUUUGGCUCCACCGUCUCAUCAAGUUUAUCUACAACAUCUGUUGCUACUGGGAGAUCAGAUCGUUUUACAUCAACGCCCUAAAAAUGACCAUGGCGGACAUUCCUUAUUUCACCUGGCAGGAGGUGCAGGCAAGGAUUAUUGAGAUACAGAAGGAGCACCAGAUUUGCAUCCACAAAAAAGAACUGACAGAGCUUGACAUCUACCACCGCAUACUGCGUUUUAAAAACUACAUGGUCGCGAUGGUCAAUAAGUCACUCCUACCCGUGCGUUUUCGCUUGCCUCUGCUGGGCAACACUAUUUUUUAUACUCGUGGCCUCAAGUAUAACUUUGAGUUGAUUUUCUUCUGGGGCCCUGGAUCCCUUUUUGAAAACGAGUGGAGUCUGAAGCCAGAGUACAGACGUGGAGGGAACCGUUUGGAGCUAGCGGAUCGUCUGAGCUCAAGGAUCUUGUGGAUUGGAAUUGCCAACCUUCUCUUGUGUCCAGUUAUCCUGAUUUGGCAGAUUCUGUAUGCGUUCUUCAGCUACACUGAGUUGAUCAAGCGGGAGCCGGGAAGUCUGGGUGCUCGAUGUUGGUCCCUGUAUGGCCGUUUUUACCUCCGACACUUCAAUGAACUAGACCAUGAGCUGAUGUCACGCCUCAGCAAGGGCUACAAGGCCUCCUCGAAGUACAUGAACUGCUUCAUGUCCCCAUUACUGACAGUGGUGGCCAAGAAUGUGGCAUUCUUUGCGGGCUCCAUACUAGCAGUUUUGAUUGCUUUGACCAUUUAUGAUGAAGAUGUAUUGGCGGUCGAACACGUGCUCAGCAGUAUUACAUUGCUUGGGGUCUGCAUCACAAUCUGCAGGUCUUUUAUCCCAGACAAGCAUAUGGUGUACUGCCCGGAGCAGCUGCUUAAAGUGAUCUUGGCAUUUAUCCAUUACAUGCCUGAUCAUUGGCAGGGUAAUGCUCACCGCUAUGAGACCAGAGACGAGUUCGCACAGCUCUUUCAGUACAAGGCUGUGUUUAUUCUCGAGGAGCUGUUGAGUCCUGUGAUCACUCCCUUCAUUCUUAUUUUUUGCUUGCGGCGUAAAUCUCUAGAGAUCAUCGAUUUUUUCCGAAACUUUACUGUGGAUGUGGUUGGAGUGGGUGAUACUUGCUCUUUUGCACAGAUGGAUGUCCGUCAACAUGGUCACCCUGCGUGGAUGUCUGCUGGGAAAACGGAGGCCUCUAUCUAUCAGCAGGCAGAAGAUGGGAAGACUGAACUGUCACUCAUGCACUUCGCUAUCACAAAUCCACACUGGCAGCCCCCUCGGGAGAGCACGCAUUUCAUCAGCCAUCUGAAAGAGAAGGUGCACCGUGAGGCCGCCGCAGGACAGCAGGGAAUCAUAGCAGAGAAUCCUGAAUUUACCUCAACCCAUUCACUGCAGUCUGAUUCAGAGCCUCGCAGUCUUAUUGCAAAUCUCCUGAUGGGACCCCCUUCCUUGGCCUCGCUGCAUCUGGGUCGAGAGGGCUCCAUCCAUCCUUUGUCCAUUGGAGUGAGUGAGGGGGCAUCCGCCCUCUAUUCCAUCUCUCCUGUCAGCACGAGUCUACACCUGCGGGGCAGCUACCCAUCUGCCAGACUGCCACGACCUGAUCAUCCAGCUGUGGUGGCUGGACGAGCGAUGACAGGCUCAGGCACUGAUGCCCGUACCAUCAGCUCUGGCAGUAGUGCCUGGGAAGGCCAGCUGACCAGUAUGGUCCUAUCAGAGUAUGCCUCCACAGAGAUGAGCAUUCAUGCCCUUUACAUGCAUGAGAUGCACAAGCAGCAGUCGCGAGGUGAGGUGUCUCGACACACCUGGCACAGACAGGAGAGUGACGAGAGCAGUGAGAGUGUCAGUGAGGACAUAGAAGCCGCCCGCAACUUCCCCCGGUCCAGUACUUUCCCAACCACUUCACACAGGGAGGGGCCAGCACAGCCGAGCGGCAGCCAACAGCGCUACGGCGGAGCCUCAGAUCCUGUUUCUGGAAGCUUUCGGGCCCAGAGAACUCCUCGUAUGCCUAUGGGCGGCUGGUCUGAGGAGAACCAAAUGGGCAGACAUCACGACCCAGUGCCCGAGGAGGGGUCUGAGGAUGAGCUACCACCACAAAUUCAUAAGGUGACUUAACAGGUAUAUCGUAGAGGAAGCACUCAAGUGAGACUCACAGCAUCCACUUACUUUUGGACACUGACAAAAGUAUACUCGUGGACAAAACUCGAGUCCUAGUUUAUUGUAUGUCACAGAGUGGCAUCAUGACAAAUUUUGAGAUGCAUUGUAAUGGUUUGAGCUUCUGAGGGAAUGAUACAAAUGAACUACAUCAUCAAAGUCACUCAAUUAUUCAUAGUUCUCACAUAUCGAUCCACCUUAGAGAAGCUGCAAAACUGGUUCUGUAAAAUACUUCAUUGUGAACAGGAAAGUCUGUUUGACAGAAACAGUCCUUCGAGUAAACUUCCUAAUAGGAUUGUGUUCAGCUGACCCUGACAUUUCCGUUCUUGUCGAGAAGUAAUUCUUGGUGUUGAUGUAGGAUAUUUGUGCUUAGUAUUUUUGAGCAGCUUUGAGUCAUUUCGAUUAAAGGAAGAAAUAUUUAUAAUAUGCAAUGUGCCAUUAUGAACUUUAAGCUUUGGAAAAAUAGAUUUUGUCAAACAGAUUUCUGGGAGGUGGAAAAAAACCACUGAAGAUCAUUCAAGCCUGGUACUGUAAAAAAGUAUGCAUGCUCUCUUAAUUUAUAUUAUUUGCACAACAUCAAAUAAGAAUGCACUUUAUUCAUAUCCAAAGGAAGACUCCAAUGCAGUGGGCAAAUCAGACUUGUUUUUAUUAACAUGCAGUUUUAAAGUAAGUUGUAUAUUUCUGGGAUGAAAAUGUUUUUUUUUUUUCUACUUACAUUUUCAGUUUAUUUACCAUGGCUAAAGUGAAUAAAACGUCUAUGAGAAUGAA